AAUUAAAUACAAGUUCUAAGACUUUUUAAUAAAAGCUGAUUAAGCUAAACAGCGAGUGCUUAAAAGAAUAGACAGAAAGACAAAAUAACAAAGAAAAUAAAAACCGCAAUAACAGCAACAAUGGACGCUGACAACAAAAAACCAUUUAAGAUUAAAGAUGUUACGCGCAACAUUAAAAAAGCUGUUGUUGCUGCUUCUUUAGAGGAGAUACGUUCAAAAGUAGCAGAGAAGUUUGAGAAGUCAGAACAGCCAACAAUACAUUUGGAUUCCGAUGGUACUGAAGUCGAUGAUGAAGAAUAUUUUCGUACUUUGGAUGCUAAUACUGAACUGAUUGCAGUUUUUCCUGGCGAACAUUGGGUAGAUCCGACUCAUUAUGUGACUAUCACUACUCAACGUGAAAAUGGUGAUACUACGGAUGCAGCAGCGGAGGCAGCACGCAUUAAGCAGCUUGUCGGUCAAUUACAAAAUAAUCUAUGUAAUGUCUCUGCUAUAAGUGAUCCUGACUUGGAUUCGCUCUCUAAUAUGGAUCCUAAUUCAUUGGUUGAUAUAACUGGCAAAGAUUUCAUGGAACAGUUAAAGGAUUCAGGCAGACCAUUGUGUGCAAAGCGAAACGCUCAGGACCGAAUUAACCUGUUAAAGCUAUUAAAGGAUGGCGCCAUUUUUUGUUCAGAACGUUAUCCGGAGGAUGCUGAAGCCAUAGAUAUGGAGAUAAGCAGGCAACUAAAUAUUGAAACAACAACAACAAACAUAACUAAAACUAUAAAUAUCAAGACAAUCGAACAAGUGCAAAAUGGUGCAGCAACAAUGUCCGCAGAUGAAGAGAUCACAAUCGUGAAUAAUAUCUCCGGUUCCGAUGUUGCUGCAACACAACAAACUACAAACACAAAUACCACCACAACAACCAAAAUCAACGACAUAUGACUACCAAUUUUUAGCAGUAUUACUUGAAAUUUGGAUAGCGUGUGUAAGGAGAAGAGUUAAAAAAGAUUGAUGACAUCGUAAACAGGGUAAAGAAUUAGUAAGAUUACAGAGAGAUAGAGUGUGUAAACCAACUAUUUGGCAAGUUGAAAAAAAAAAUAAAUACAGAAAUAAAUUGUUUUUUGUCUACUAGAAAUAUUUUAAAUAAAUUUUUAAAUUUAACACACAAACACACUCCCACGUCAAAUUGUCACUAAUAAGCCCAUGAAUUUAAUAGAAAAUAAUUAAUUUUAUUA